GCGGAACUGUCAUUUUCCGGAACUGGAUGCUUGCUUUCUGGCGGAGUUCUGAAAGCGAACACCCCGGGGCAAGAUGGCGGUUGUGCGUCGGCUGCUGCCCCGGGUCUGGCAGAACUCGGGUGUUUUGGGCUGAGACAGUGGCAGCUGCGGCCCCGACCCCGAGUGCGGGGACCUCCAGCGAAUAAAGGGUUUGUGCAAGUUUGCAAACAUGUUCACCUUGUCUCAGACCUCGAGAGCAUGGUUCAUCGAUAGAGCCCGUCAGGCACGAGAAGAAAGGCUUGUGCAGAAGGAGCGGGAGCGGGCAGCUGUCGUGAUCCAGGCCCAUGUCCGGAGUUUUCUCUGUCGGAGUCGACUGCAGAGAGAUAUCAGGAGAGAGAUUGAUGACUUUUUUAAAGCAGAUGACCCUGAGUCCACUAAAAGAAGUGCACUUUGUAUUUUUAAGAUUGCCAGGAAACUGCUGUUCUUAUUCAGGAUCAAAGAGGAUAAUGAGAGAUUUGAGAAGUUGUGUCGCAGCAUCCUGAGCAGCAUGGAUGCUGAGAAUGAGCCUAAGGUGUGGUAUGUGUCCCUGGCUUGUUCUAAGGACCUCACCCUCCUUUGGAUUAAACAGAUCAAGAGCAUUCUGUGGUACUGCUGUGAUUUUCUCAAGCAGCUCAAGCCUGAAAUCCUGCAGGACUCCCGACUCAUCACCCUGUACCUCACGAUGCUUGUCACCUUCACAGACACUUCAACGUGGAAAAUUCUUCGGGGAAAAGGUGAAAGUCUUCGACCAGCGAUGAACCACAUUUGUGCAAAUAUAAUGGGACAUCUCAACCAGCAUGGAUUUUAUUCUGUGCUGCAGAUAUUGUUAACCCGUGGCCUGGCAAGACCCCGUCCUUGUCUAUCCAAAGGCACUUUAACAGCAGCCUUUUCUCUAGCGUUACGCCCUGUGAUUGCUGCACAGUUCUCAGACAAUCUGAUUCGGCCGUUCCUCAUCCACAUCAUGUCUGUGCCUGCUCUGGUGACUCAUCUCAGCACAGUGACCCCUGAGCGCCUCACUGUUUUAGAAUCCCAUGACAUGCUUCGUAAAUUCAUCAUAUUUUUAAGAGACGAAGAUCGAUGCCGUGAUGUAUGUGAAAGUUUAGAAGGAUGCCAUACACUUUGUCUAAUGGGCAACCUUCUACACUUGGGCUCCCUCAGCCCCAGAGUGUUAGAGGAGGAGACAGAUGGGUUCGUGAGUUUGCUCACCCAGAUGCUGUGCUACUGUCAGAAGUACGUGUCCCAGAAGAAGUCCAACCUGACCCACUGGCAUCCUGUCCUUGGCUGGUUCUCCCAAUCUGUGGAUUAUGGCCUUAACGAGUCAAUGCACUUGAUCACCAAACAGCUGCAGUUCCUGUGGGGGGUGCCUCUGAUCCGGAUCUUCUUCUGUGACAUUCUGAGCAAGAAGCUGCUGGAGAGCCAGGAGCCAGCCCACGCACAGCCAGCAUCCCCUCAGAAUGUGCUCCCAGUGAAGAGUCUCCUAAAGCGUGCUUUUCAAAAGUCGGCAUCAGUCCGGAAUAUUCUCAGGCCUGUCGGGGGUAAACGGGUCGACUCUGCAGAAGUCCAGAAGGUUUGCAACAUCUGUGUCCUCUACCAGACCUCACUGACAACUCUCACACAGAUUCGGCUGCAGAUACUCACAGGUCUCACUUACCUUGAUGACCUGCUGCCCAAACUGUGGGCAUUUAUCUGUGAGCUCGGGCCCCACGGAGGGUUAAAGCUCUUCUUGGAAUGCCUGAACAAUGACACUGAAGAGUCCAAGCAACUCUUGGCCAUGCUGAUGCUGUUCUGUGACUGUUCGCGGCACCUCAUCACAAUCCUUGAUGACAUUGAAGUUUAUGAAGAACAGAUUUCAUUCAAACUGGAAGAGCUGGUCACCAUCUCCUCUUUCCUGAAUUCCUUUGUGUUUAAGAUGAUCUGGGAUGGAAUUGUAGAGAACGCCAAGGGCGAGACCUUGGAGCUGUUCCAGUCUGUCCACGGGUGGCUGAUGGUGCUGUACGAGCGGGACUGCCGGCGGCGCUUCACCCCUGAGGACCACUGGCUGCGAAAGGAUCUCAAACCUAGCGUGCUCUUCCAAGAACUCGACAGGGACAGAAAACGGGCACAGUUGAUCCUGCAGUACAUCCCACAUGUCAUCCCUCACAAAAACAGAGUUCUCCUGUUUCGAACCAUGGUUACCAAGGAGAAGGAGAAACUGGGGCUGGUGGAAACCAGCUCUGCCUCCCCGCACGUCACUCACAUCACCAUCCGCCGGUCCAGGAUGCUGGAGGAUGGCUACGAGCAGCUUAGGCAGCUCUCCCAGCACGCCAUGAAGGGGGUCAUCCGUGUGAAGUUUGUCAAUGACCUUGGGGUGGACGAAGCAGGGAUUGAUCAAGACGGUGUUUUUAAGGAGUUCUUGGAAGAGAUCAUCAAGAGAGUAUUUGACCCAGCACUCAAUCUGUUCAAGACAACCAGUGGGGAUGAGAGGCUGUACCCCUCACCCACAUCCUACAUCCAUGAGAAUUACCUGCAGCUCUUCGAGUUUGUGGGGAAGAUGCUGGGGAAGGCUGUGUAUGAGGGAAUUGUGGUGGACGUGCCAUUCGCAUCCUUCUUCCUGAGCCAACUGCUUGGGCACCACCACAGCGUCUUCUAUAGCUCAGUGGAUGAACUGCCCUCUCUGGACUCCGAGUUCUAUAAAAACCUCACCUCCAUCAAGCGCUAUGACGGGGACAUCGCUGACCUGGGCCUGACGCUGUCUUACGACGAGGACGUCAUGGGUCAGCUUGUUUGCCAUGAACUGAUUCCUGGAGGGAAGACCAUUCCUGUUACAAAUGAAAAUAAAAUUAGCUACAUCCAUCUGAUGGCACAUUUUCGAAUGCACACUCAAAUAAAAAACCAGACAGCUGCCCUCAUUAGCGGAUUCCGUUCCAUUAUCAAACCCGAGUGGAUCCGAAUGUUCUCAACUCCUGAACUGCAGCGUCUCAUCUCCGGCGACAAUGCUGAGAUUGAUCUGGAAGAUUUAAAGAAGCACACAGUCUACUACGGUGGUUUCCAUGGAAGUCACAGAGUCAUCAUCUGGCUCUGGGAUAUUCUGGCCUCCGACUUCACGCCGGAUGAGAGAGCUAUGUUUCUGAAGUUCGUGACCAGCUGCUCCAGACCCCCGCUCCUGGGAUUCGCCUACCUCAAGCCUCCCUUCUCCAUCCGCUGCGUGGAGGUGUCAGACGAUCAGGCUGUGCACGUCCAGGCUCGUUGCUUCAUUUCCUCAUUGGCCAAAGGAGAAGGAAUGCCUUCAGGGUUACCGAGCUCUGUGUGUCCCAAGCAUGGCCCACUGUGGGUGCUCAAAUGAGAGUCCUACUCCCCAUAAAAACCCAGUGGCCGUCUCUGGGUGUAGCUGCCUCUCUUGAUGCAGUUUGAGCCCCUGAGGCCGCCUUGUACAGGGAGCUACACAGUCCUCGGCCUCCAUGCUUAAGGGAAAAUUGGCCCAAGUCAUGGUCUGCCACCAGCCACGGCACCGGUGAGGAGGGAGGAGUGCACUCAGAAAUGUUUGGGCACCUAACAGAGUUUUUACAGCAUUCUACUUUUUGACAGUUGGUUAACCAAUAAUUCGCUGUGAACCGGAAGGCCCCAUUUCCAAAAGCUUACUUAGUGCAGGAAUUCUCUGUGCAGGCCCUAAGGAGAAGGGGUUCCUUCUCUGGAAGCCAGUCAUCUUGUGUCUGGGGCUUGAUCUCGGGUAGUGGUGCCAGGGCAGCGCCCUGCACUCUGCCCAGCAUCCAGGCGCUGGCCAGAACCCCUCCCUGGGCUCCCUGGCCUUGGCAUCUGCCUGGGCUCCCAAACUGGGCCCUUCCCAAUCCAAGGCCAUGAUGUGUGCCUUCAGGACACCGGGGACACUCUGGGCAGCGUCCUCCGGGGCUUCUUCACCAUCCGCAAGCGGGAGCCAGGCGGCCGCCUGCCCACCUCCUCCACCUGCUUCAACCUGCUCAAGCUGCCCAACUACAGCAAGAAGAGCGUCCUCCGCGAGAAGCUGCGCUACGCCAUCAGCAUGAACACCGGCUUCGAACUCUCCUAGCUCCUGUCCCGGCCCUGCCUCCAGGGCUCCUGGGCUGCCAGGGACCUUCAGCUCCCAGAGGCAGUGUGGUCCCUGGGAAUGUGACCAACAUUCCAGGUGACGUUGGCCCCUAGACCCUCUCUAUAGCCAUGAGACUCCUUGUGGCCUCAAGAACUUUAGACGCCCACGACAGCACUACACAGCAUCUCCAGAUGAUGCCCAAGGCACAGGGCUGCAGAAAAUAAACCUCCAGAUUCCAUCAGCACAGGUCCAUUCUUCCUGGUGAUGGCAGAGGGGCUUCUUUUAGCUAGUUUGAUCUUUUGGAAGUCUGUCUUUCCUUAGCCCUCUGAGUGAGCUGUGUAUGAACAAGUCCCAGGAAUUCCAAGAGUCUAGAGUGGCUUUUGCAGCAUGGGUCUGAGUGUACAAAGCCUACUGUGCGUGAGAUCCUCUCCUUCCGUUUCUGAAAUCUCUUACUCAGGUAAGGCCUCGCCAAGCCUCUAUGUACCCCACAAAGUUUCUGCCUCCAUGCUGUCCACAGCGCCUCUUCCCAGACAGCCAGGCCCAUCUGCUGCCCAGGGAAGCGCAGGCGCCUGCUAGGGACGCUAUGGAGCACCAUAAGUCCAAGGCGCUGCUCCUGCCUUGAAGCCACGCACUCCACUCCGCAGCCCUCCCGCUUCCUGCGUCCUCAGUGGGCUGAGCUGCCAGGGAGCCUUCCUGGACCUGUUCCCGUCCUAUGCAUUCACACUGGCAUCCUGGUUUGGGAGAAGAAAAACACUGGCCCUUAGCAGCAGCCCCGUUUCCAGAACGUGCUGGCUGUUACCCAAAGCCUGCUUGUCCCGCGGAGGACAGCUGCCUUUGACCCUGCUUGUUUGCCUCACUGGUUAUCUAAUGAGGAACAAACACUAACCUAAGGUACACAUCCCGUCUGGGCGGUAACUUCACUCCAGAGACUGCAAAAUCCCAGGAAACUUGGGUCUUGCUGCCCAUCCUUCCUCAGCACAGGGAACCCAGAAGCCCGUUGCACUGACAGAGGCUCACACCCUCUGGGUUUUGUUUUUUUUUUUAACUUCAUUUCUCUUCCAACCCAUUAUGUUCCUCUGCCGUCAUUCUUUACCUUUGUUGUAAGAACUUUAGCUCCAGGGAACUGAGGCAGAGGCCCCGUUUGUGGUCUGUGUUGACAGCCACCCACCCUCUCCCACCUCAUGCUCCUGCACCUGCACCACCAAGAUUGAUGCCAGAUUCAAAGCCAGGAAGGCCCAGUCCCUCCUCUGCUCUCCUCAAAAACGCAAAACAUUUUCCAACAAGAGCUGUCACAGUGGCAGCAAAGCAGGGGCCACCCAUCUCCACAGUCCUUCAGAGAGUUUCAGCUGCAUCCUGGUGUCCCACCCAGGUCGAGCCCCCGGGCUUCUGGAAAACAGUGUGUGCUCUACUUUGAUGGAAACAUGGCAAGGAAUUUAAAGACAGGAGUGUAUGAAUAUUAUUGAAGGUGUGUUCGUAACCUCUGAUUCUGUGGACUUGCCACUUCUCCAAACGCUCGAUUCCUUUGAAGAUUUCUUCUGAACGUGUGUGCGCAUGCUGGGCGGGUUUGUGCAUGCAUGUGGGGACCCCAGACUGUCAGCCUGCACAGGGAAGAUGGAUCCCAUCCUGAUUUUUAUAACCUGAAGGUUGGAGCCAGUGAGGAACUGGGAGAGAGUGAUUUAUAAGCACCAAUAUCAACUUCAUGUGGAUUUUUGACAAGGAGAGGUAGUUUGUAAUUUCAUUUAAAUUCUUUUCAGCAGCUGGAAAUAUUGCACUAUCUGAAACACUGAAUCUCCUUUUGUAACUGGUGUUCACUGACACCUUGAUGGCUCUUGAUGGCUCUAAAAAGUUGUAGGAUUUUUUGUUUUUGUAGCUAACUUAUGGAUUGAGAUGUGAUCAAAGGCUUUAUUAAAUUUGUACUUCAGCAUA